AUGCACCUCCUGACGUACGCGACCGACGCGCCAGAUAUCCAAGCGCUCACGUCGCUUCCAAUUUGGCUGGUCAAUCCCAAGACGCAGGUCGCAGUGAAGCUAUCGCCAUUUGAGCUUCCAAUGUUCAACUUGACGGUGUACUCGUCAGCUGACGUUGCAUCUGUCGGUAGCGUGCUGUCUGUGAUGGGGCGGCUUCCCUCAGUGCUCGUCAACAAAAUCCUCGACAUGGCAGGUGUGCGUCUGCAGAUUGAGACGGAUACACAUGAAGUCAUGGAAGGAUGGGCGCCGAUGGAACGUGAAUACGUCCGAUUGAUCGUUCCAUUGAGCUUGUGCCAUCACCAAGGCCUCGAUCUCGGCGCCUGCCAAGCUCUGACCAUUGAAUGCGUAUCGCAUGACCAAGGUUGGGCCACGGAUAUGCCCGAGCUCAAUUUCACGUACCUCGAAUGCAACAGUUGGAUUGAGUUCGAAGUGUUGAAUGCUGAUGGCGUACCAGUACUUCCUCGUACCGACAUGUGCCGCAACGUUCGCGCCCAUGCAUCCUUUCGUCGGCACAUGUUACACAUCACUGACAGUGCCAUUUUGGACCACGUCGCUCCAGGCUGCCAUGUCAUUGUGUACCUCAGGGCGUUAAUUCCGGGCUGGAGCAACCACGCCAACCAUCAAACGAUGGCUUUCGCCGACGGAAAGGAGCGGGUUGUCCCUUCCGACGACCAUGCGCGCAGUGUUGCCGACAAGUACAAAGCCAUUUUGCAGCCACCUUCGGCUGACGCGCAGCCCCUCCAUAUUGAACGAGUUUUCAAGCGCAUGCUGACACAACACAAGGUCGUCGACACCACAUCCAAGUGGACCAACCGAUUCGUCGCCAAAUCUACGGAGAUCGCUUUCCAGACGUGGAGCAUUGCGUACUACUCGGCUUCAGCCAGAACAUUAAUGCUGUGCGUCGUGCUGGUCCACAUGCUCGUGACAGCCGUCGACUUUUCGUUUUCGUCAUCCACCCAGGCAUACUUUGCUACUUAUGGGACCACAGAAGUCGCACAAUGGGCGUACUUGGUGAUUCUGGUCCCAUUCUUCGGCUUGCGCCCACAUCAUGUCACAUCCAAGGGAUGGUUAUGGUACUUGCAGCGAUGGAAGUGGGUCAUCUCCGUCGCGAUGGUGAUGCUCUGCACUGGCCUCAUGGUUCGGACUGGGUGCAUUUACCAAGUCAAUCUUCACAGCCUGCACAGCAAGUACUUGCAAAGUGUGGACGCCCUGGCUGCAAACAAUUUGUCCAUGGCCCAAAUGAGUGUGACUUCCGAUGCACUGACAAAACUGGACGCUGCGUUCGCGACGACUUUGGGGAACUACGGUGACUUGGUCGUCGCAGUGGAUACGAUUCUCAUCCUGGUCACGCAAGUUGUUGUCUCCGCAUCACAUUGCGAUUUGGUGCACACGAUGUUGGCCUGGUGCGCACUCCUCUUGGCAAUGAUGAUCAAUUCUGCCUACUGGCACGUGAUGCCCCACAAAGAGGCAUAUGUCUAUUUUUUAGUUGGUGGCAUGCUGUGUUUCCAAAUCACUCGCGAGUUGGAUUUGUGCCACCGAACCAACUUUCUGCACUACUACAACGCGGAAAAGUCCGCAGAGCUGCUUCGCGAUCAGCUCGACCACGCCCUGGAGUUGAUCAUCUACAAUGACUGCAAAGCAGAAGAGAAGGAAGCGGUAGCCCAAGCGAUUGAUGAAAACGCCGAACUGUGCGCAAAAUUGCAGCCCUACCGCAUCCCCCUCGAGGAGCUGACGUUAAAACGAGUGAUCGGUCAAGGGGCGUACGGCGAAGUGAUAUUAGCUGAGUUGUGUGGAACAGCCGUUGUGCUCAAGCGCAUGCACCGGCACAAGAUCACCCCCGCGGCAAUUCGCGAAUUCUCGGAUGAAAUCUUGCUCAUGUGCCAGUUGCGGCACCCCAACAUUGUGCAAUUCAUCGGCGCGAGCUGGAACACCUACUCGAACAUUGGAUUUGUGCUUGAAUACGUUGGCCAUGGGGAUUUGUACUUGGUAAUCCACGACAAACGCGUUGCAAAGUCGUGGUCGGACCCUCUUCACCGGAUAGCUGUCGAUUCGGCGCGUGGGAUUUGCUACCUCCACAGCAAAAACAUAAUUCAUCGGGAUCUCAAGAGCUCCAAUAUCCUCAUAAGCCCAACUUACACGGCGAAGAUUUGCGAUUUGGGGAUGAGUAAAUCAAUGGAAGAACUCAAAGCAAACGAAAAACAAGUGGGAACGCCGUUGUGGACAGCUCCGGAAGUCGUCACGGGCGGCCAAUUUAGCCUCAAGUCGGAUGUGUAUGCAUUUGGCAUCAUUUUGACCGAGUUGAUCACGAGAAAGACGCCGUAUGCCGAGAAAACCCAAACCAUGUCAGCGUACAAGAUCAUGCUUGAAGUGGCCGCGAGUGGACUGCGUCCAGCGCUGCCAACAUGGCUUCCUGAAGAACUUCGGCAUUUGGUGGUGUCUUGCUUGGAUGUGUCACCGGACCACCGCCCGACGAUGCUUCAGGUUCUGCAACAGCUGCAAACGGACGCGAUCCAUCAGUUGCAAGGAAGGGCCCUGUGGUCCAAAGUUCGAGGGCUUGUGUCCGAGCACGCACAUCGUUCGACGAGGCUCUCGAUGGAAAUGAUCCGAAUGGCGAAAUCGCAGAUGGAACUGGAAUCGUACUCCAAGCCUCGGGCCAUCGAUUCAGACGCCGACGAUUCGGACAACAGCGACGACACUGGAGGAUGGAGAGCCGGAGAAGCUAGUGGCGCCAAGGCUCACGUGCCCACCAUCAUUGAAACGACUGUAGUUGAAGAAUGGUAA